GGGGCUCUUCCGUGGCGCUGCUCGCUGUUGUGGUGCUGAAACAACGCCUGUAUUGUGUGUCGUCUAGAGCUCGGUUCGGUGCUCUCCUCCUGUCCAGACGUGUGUCUUUAGCCCGAAUGUGUAGCGUACCGAGCGGCUCCCGCACACCUGCGGUAAACAUGCUCUUUUAGCGGAGGUGAGCCAUGGAUUCGUAGUACAGGCACGAGCGCUAUGGAUUCUCGGUACUGUCCCGUCCUCCUGGUCGCUCUGGCUGUCAGCCUCUGCUUCCCAACUGCCACCGCAGACAGAAAAUUUGGCUGCCUAUUCGAAGACGAGCUCUGCACACCAUAUGAGUUCUGCGUCAAUGAUGGAGUUUUUGGACAGUGCCAGGAGUUGGCUGGAGCAGACCUCCACACUUAUGACAUCUCCUCGUCGGCUCUGCAGCGCCUCAGGAUCCUCCUGCAGAAACUGGCUCACAGAGGUAUGACAUGGCAGGAUGACCUCACACAACAAGUGAUCUCCCGAGAGCUCUCCAAACUUAGACACAUGCCCCUCCGCCGCCCUGCCCUGCCCCCAGCUACCCUGACCUCUCCUCAAGGCUGGAAACAGAGGCCAGAGCUGAACCAAAACCUCCAGCAGUACCUUUCUGACCUGGGAUUUCCGAACGAGUCUGAGCUACCAGCACAACCAGAUCCCAUGCCUCAACGAGCAAAUACUAUUCAGAAUGAAGAUUUCAACUCUGAUGGUCAAACAGAGUCCAGUUCAAGACCCAAGCACACGUGGAAGGAACAUACUAUCUAUAGCAUUCACAAAGGAGAUGGACAACCCCCAAUCACUAAAGUCUUCACAAAAAGUGGAGAAGGCAGGCAUCCCAAACUUGGCUCAGCGUUCUCUAACCAAGGACCUGGCCAGGGCAAACUAUUAUCCGGGCAUUUGGAACGACUUCUCAAUGACAUACCCACUAAGACUCAACAUGAAAGCUCAGGAGUCCAAGGUGCAUGGCCCAAAGGGAAACUGCAGUAUUUUAGUUCUGCCUAUCCAGCCACAGAUAACAAAGAAGAUAUGCAAUCCCAGUUAGCCUAUGGGUCCAAGGCAUCAAGACCAAACCUGGAUAAACUACUAUACAAAGCUGGGGCAAAUCGUCACUCAAAACAGCCAUUUGGUCUUAUGGAUGACCACUUCCUCCAGAGCAUGUUAAAUCAGCUGGGGAGUCACAGCAUGAACCUUGAUUCUCUAAUGGGAACAGGCCUGGACGACCUGGUUGGCGUCUUCAAUGGAGCUCUGCAGGAGGUGCAUGAGGAGCACCCCGCUGUGGCUGUGGCCCAGUCUGGACCUGGACCUGUGGAUUCUGAGGGGCCAAAAGAGGCCAAUGGGGGGCCACUCAAGGCGACAGGGCAAAAUCAAGAACCAGAGCCGCAGUCAGGGGGCGAGACUAAAGGUGGUGAGACUGUCAAACAAAAAGGGCAACCAAAGGAAAGCAUGGACAAAGAGCCUGUUGACAAGCAUUCAGUUCUCUUCUCAAAGCUCCUAAACUACCUCAACAUGGAGCCCUUUGAUGAGGUGCCAAAUGUGAACAGUAACCAUAAAUCGGGAGGUCUAGAGAGUGUCCAGAGCAGGACCACUCAGGGCCAGGCUCCAGCUGUGCACCACUGGGAGGAGAAGACCAUGGUGGGCCCUGCCAAAGAGGGCACCACUCUGCAUCUGACCAGUGGACCUCAUGGUCCAGAUGCACAAGUGGACUCGGAGAUGGAGAGGUGGAUGCAAGAGCUUCAGAGGAAGAAACAGCUGCAGGACCCCGAGAAGAAAGACAUGAAGGUCAAAACCCAGAUGGUCCACGUGGGGGUGAAAGAGUUCUCCAGCCGAGGGAAGGACCGCCAUUUUGGAUACAUCAUCACUGGCUCAGAUUCUCUGACCACUGACCAGGGCCUGGAUCUGAUGGAGCGGAUUGCACAGAGGAAGAACAUCCACGCAGCCGACCUUACCCAGCUCUCUGUCCUAGGCCCAGCGUUGACCUUCCGAGUGGGCCAUAACCCUAAGAACAUCUCCACAGCCGAUCUGGUGGAAGUGGCCGUGCAACAGAAGCCGCAGCUGGAGAAGGAGACGGGCCUGAAGAUAGUGGAGGCCGGAGUGAGCGACAGGGGCAGCCUGACCCAGAUCCCCGUAGUGAAGGAGACGCGUGUGGAGUCGGGCCAGUUCCUGCUCCUGUCGCUCCUCUGCAUGCUCUUCAUCCUGGUGGCUCUGGCAGUGUCCGGCACCUUCUUCUGCGUGCGACAGCGCUCUCACCUGCACAUGAAGGAGAAGUUAGCCAGCCUCGGCACAGACACCAGCACUGAUGCUACAGCCACCUAUCAGGAGUUAUGUCGGCAGCGCAUGGCCAUCCGGACGUCGGAGCGUGUGGAAAGGCCGGAGACACUGCGCCACCAUUCCCGCCUCAACAGCGUGUCAUCCCAAUUCAGCGAUGGUCCGGCCGCCAGCCCCUCCACGCGCAGCAGCACCUCCUCCUGGUGUGAGGAACCAGUGCCCUCCAACAUGGACAUCUCCACCGGGCACAUGAUCCUGUCAUACAUGGAGGACCACUUGAAGAACAAGAACCGUCUAGAGCGAGAGUGGGAGGCCUUGUGCUCCUACCAGGCCGAACCCAGCACCUGCAAUGUGGGCCAUGUAGAGGGCAACGGCAAGAAGAACCGUCCGGAUGCGGUGGUCGCAUAUGAUCACUCGAGGAUCACCUUGAAAGCGGAGAAUAACCACGGCAACUCGGAUUACAUCAACGCCAGCCCCAUCAUGGACCAUGACCCACGCAACCCCACUUACAUCGCCUCGCAGGGCCCGCUCCCCUCCACCGUAGCAGACUUCUGGCAGAUGGUGUGGGAGAGUGGCUGCGUGGUCAUUGUAAUGUUGACCCCUUUGUCGGAGAACGGAGUGAAGCAGUGUCAUCAUUACUGGCCAGAUGAGGGGUCUGAUGUCUACCAUAUCUAUGAGGUGAACUUGGUGUCUGAACACAUUUGGUGUGAUGACUUCCUGGUGCGGAGCUUCUAUUUGAAAAACCUCCAGACCAACGAGACUCGCACUGUCACCCAGUUCCACUACCUGUCCUGGAGUGACCGUGGCAUUCCCACCUCGGCCCGCACCCUCCUGGACUUCCGCAGAAAGGUUAACAAGUGCUACCGGGGCCGAUCGUGUCCGAUAAUUGUCCACUGCAGUGAUGGCGCGGGCAGGACCGGGACCUACAUCCUGAUUGACAUGGUCCUGAAUAAGAUGGCCAAAGGUGCUAAAGAGAUUGAUAUUGCCGCUACCCUGGAGCACUUGAGAGACCAGAGAGCUGGCAUGGUCCAGACAAAGGAGCAGUUUGAGUUUGCCCUGACAGCCGUGGCAGAGGAGGUGAAUGCCAUCCUGAAAGCACUCCCCCAGUGAAGACCCCCACCCCACAUCCCACUCCUCUCUUUCUCUCUCUCUCUCUGUCUCUCUUCUCCACUCUUCCCUUUCUCUCCUGGCUCACUGAGCACAGCUUCCUCUGCCCACUCAAGGCUGACACCUCCUUCCUUCUCCAUCUCUAUCUAUAUACUCUAUAGCUGUAUACUUCUGAAUGUCGUGCCAGGUUUCUCACCACUGGAGCCAUAUUUGCUAAUGUGAGACUGCCGAAGUGUUGACACUGAUUGGCGUUUUGAUUUUUAAGACACAUUUUCACCAAGUUACACUAUACUCAAAUGGAGAUUACAAAUGAAAAAAAGUAAGUGUGUAAUGCAAAAAAUAAAUAAAUAAAAAUGCAAAAUAGAAGUAGUUUUUUUUUUUCUAUUUAAAUGUUCUGUCUGGAAUAUUUUGGAAUUUUAAGGAAUAUUAUAUAAUGUAUAUAAUAAAUUAAGUAGUGGUAUCAACAUAUGAAAAGAAAAUUCCAAAAAUAUAUACAAAUAGUUGAAAAAAAAAAAUCUAAAAUAUAAUGCAUUUGAAAUAAAAUUGCAGUACAGUGCUUGUUGAAAAUGUGUCUCCUGUCGAUACAUGACCCAGUGCUAUUUAAUGUGACAAACAAACUCCCUAUAGUGCCACUGACAAGGUGUACAUGUGAUGUCCAGUUAAAAGUUCUUCUGACAAAUAUUUACCAUUUUAAAUUAUGAUUACCACUAAAAUGAACAGUGAUGACUUCUUCUGACAAGAUAAAACGUAGUCCUUGUUGUGUAUAUUAUUAAUAAAUGGAUUCAUGUUUGAAUUGGUCAGUUUCAAUGAAGUUUCCCUCUGUAUCUAAACAGACUGAUCAGCAUCUUGUCCACUUGGGUGUGUUGUACAUUGAUUACCACAUAUCACCUCUGUUUUACUUGACAAUGCUUGAACACUUUGUCCCAUCCUUCAUUAACUUUAAGUGUAAUAAUAGAGAUUAUAUUUAGAUCUUUGUCAUCUUGCAGUAGUUAAUACGAUGGCGUGUUUAAAGAGACUUGUACAAUAAGAACUGUUCAUUCCAUCACUGCUGUAUUGUGAUAUGUGACAGAUAUUCUCUUCUACUCUUCUUCUCUUCAAUGAAUGACAUUAUAAAUCCCUCUAUCUAUAGUACUAUAUGAGAUGUAUACGGAGAGCCUCAAUAUAUUUUGUGUGAACAAUAUUAACAUUGAUAAUAAAUGAAUCAGGAACAAUAAUGAC